CCAAUCUAAAGUACUUCCAUAACUUGAGGCGAGCAUAAAUGGACUCAUGGAGCUCCCUGGGGAAUCAAUUGACUCCAGUCCUGACACAGGAAGCCCUUGCCCUUCCCAACACCAUGCCCUCCACCACAGUGGGAGCGAUAUCCAUGGCAACCCAUCUUCCAAUCUGGAGAAUGGUAAGAGGCGCUUCAGCGUCAGGGUCCAGAGUGUGGACUUUGUCCAACUUCAGCGCAUGGCAGAAUACAGUCACCAAGCACAAAGGGAGCAACCCCUUCAUCCGUGCUGUGGCAGUGUGAGGAGAAAAACUCCACAUGGAAAAAGAACAUGGAGGAUGUGACCGUUUUUCAUGAGGGGUAUGGAGGCAAAAAGGGGAGCAGCUUUUUCGGGGUCUUUGAUGGGUUCCAUGGACUCAGUUCUGCAGUUACGGCAUCCAGGGAGAUGCCUGUUUUAGUCCUGGAGCAACUCUCCAAACAGGACCCCUUGCUCUCCUUGGAGAAGGACCAGGUGGAGCUACUGUCCCGCUUUGAGGCCCUGUUCCAGAAAGACUGCAACAGGCCUUACCCAGGCCAGGCCCAGAACAUUGCACUAGGCCUAGGCCCUGAGCAGCUGGAGAAUCUGACCAAAGUGGAACAGGUGAACCUAGCCUUCACCACAGCCUUCUGGAAGAUGGACCGGGUCCUGGGGCUUGGCAAGAACGAGACCUCCAAGAUCCGCUGGAGUGGCUGCACAGCGCUGCUCUGCCUGAUCGACAGGGAGCAGGGAACAGGACAGAAGAGUAACACACCAACCCCCUCACAGGAGUUACAGGGUGGAAGAAUUCUCAUUGCUAACUGUGGUAACGUGCAAGUGGUACUGUACAAACAAGGCAGGGGCCUCCGUCUGACCAAAGACCACAGCACGUCCAACCCUAAGGAGCGCAAACGCAUCCUCCAGUCCGGAGGGGCAAUUAGCGUCAACAAACAGCACGAUCUGGUGGAGGGGCUGACCAAGGCCACCCGAGGGCUUGGUCAUUAUGGUGAUCGCAAGCUGAAGAAGUCGGUCAUCCCUGUGCCUUACUCUGUGUGUCUGCCCACGGACCCAUCCUUCCAGCUGCUGGUCCUAGCGUCCCGUGGCGUCUGGGAAGUCUUGGAUGAGCAUGCAGUGGCUGAGAGAGCUCUGACGGUCAUUGAGUUGACUCAACAGAAAUUAAUAUUGACGACCCAGCGCCUCAUGCAAACUGUUGAGGAUUCGUCCGUUUCAGAUUCUCAAAGUUGCAUUCUGGCAAGACCAGGGUCAUCUAUUUUUAAUACUGAAGAACCUACCAGUGUCAAGGAUGAGGACAACCCACCAGAGUUGGACAUGCUAGAGACUCCGGGGGUACAAGCUAGUGAUAUGCAGAAUGCAGAGGAAACAGAGAGAUAUCAAUCCUCAGUCCUGCAGCAGGAGAGUGAGGUCAAUGUGAAGGAAACUAUGGCUGACAGUCUGAAUAAUCUCUCCUUGGACUACGAGCGCCUUGCAGCUGACAUUUGUAGAGAGCUAGUGGAGACAGCGUUGGUCUCAGGUUCAAGGGAAAACAUUUCAGUCAUGGUCAUACUUCUUCAGGGGUUGGAUGUGCUCAGAGAAAACACUCUCAAAGGAGAGUUGACAAAGCAAACAAAUACCAUGUAAUUAUAACUUCAGGCCAACUUUUCAAGUUUUUCAGAGAAUGAAUAGCUCUUGCAUUUCUUGUGAUAUCGAAGACAUAAAGGCAUACAAUAUACCUGAAUUUAUUGACUUGUACCCUGACACUCAAACUGAUCAGUCCUUCACUAGUCAUGUUUUACAUAGUUAAAUCCACCUGGCUUCAGAAAGACUACCAGUCAGUUAGUGCCACUACUGGUUGUUUGAGGCAAUAGGCUAGCAAGUCCGAUACAGUCCUUCGGUUUUAUAAAAUGUAAUGGGCUGUCAUUCAUUAAAAUAUAACCAACAAUUGUGCAAUGCAAUAGAGUCCUCUCAAAUAUGAACAGGCCAUUUUGAGAAAAGUAACAAGACACAGGGGAGAUGCAAUUGAAUUGUUAAUAACACUACAUAUAUAUUUAAAAAGACCACCAUUGAUUAGCAUUUGACGAGUUUGUGACAAGGUAACAAACCCAUAGCAGACCUAGACAUACAUUGGUGUACUGUACAAUUGUUCGGAAUCUCUAGAUACUUUCCUGACAAGCUUAUGCCCUCCAAGCUGUAUUGGUAGAAAACAACAUUGCAACACCCUAUAUAACAGUAGAGUAAUAUUCCACAGACUGAUGACAGGUAAUAGUCAAGACUUCUGUUGGUGUAUGGUUUGAGGCCUACUUUUAAACACCAUUAAUUCUGACAAGUUGACAGCUGAACAAUAACAGUUUGGGGAAACAAAAGACUAGUCAUAUGUUAGGUCUUAGCAAGACAAUUUACAAAGCUUGUCUGAGCAUGUCCAACUGUCUCAAUGUUCUUCCUUAAAUCAAUGUAUCAACCAGAGAAUGUUGUGGUUUCAAGAGGGACUUCCCAUGAUGCACAAGCCAGUCAUCAUGGAUGUGACAAACUUGCAGAGUCACCAGUCAUCCAAUCACAAAACCACCCUUAAAUCCUGUUCAACCGGUGGCAGUGGGCCAGUGGUGUAAUGGCACUGGAUGUUCUUGCCAAAGUUCUCUGCAGACGAAGAUGUUGUCGUCGUCGUCGUCUCGGUAGCAGGUGCGAGGAGGAAUGCUUGGUUUGACAGUCCUUGCCUGACACUGCUUCAAUAAUGUUAUACUCAGUA